UCUUCACAAUGCAGGUCUCGCUGGAGAACCGACGUCGUAUGCUGGACGAUGGAAUCAACGCCAUUUUGGAUGAACUGGAUAACGUGUAUGACGUUAGUGAGGAAGAAGCUAUGCAGAGGAUUCUGAGCGAGGCCAUGAUGUACCCUAACACUAGAAAGACGGGGGAGCAAAUCGUACAAGAAUUUAUAGAAGAUAUAUUUUUGUAUCCUAUGAACAGAAUAGCAGGAACGGCGUAUGGAAACGUAGUUUUUGAAAAUAUUGGUAAACUUGCUGAUAAAUAUAACACACCACACAACCUACAACAUAUGGCUAGGCGACAUGAUAAGCAAUACCGGAUUACUAAAUGUAAUAAAAUUCGAAACGGUAGAAUACAUGAUGAACACAAGUUUAUAUACUCACUUUCUACGAAAUAUCAAGUCAGAAGACAAAAUAAAAACAUUGAGAAGGAAUAUAUUAAUAACAAAUCUCAUUCGCAUGACGAAGAAGAUGAAGAUGAAAGUUCUAGUGGCGAUAACGCGGAAGUAGAAAUUAAAAUACAAAUAAACAAUAGAAAACAUUCAAAACGCAAUAAAAAAAGUAUAUUAAAGAAACACACCAAAAAUAAUGAUGAUUAUACAAGAAGAACCGAUGAAUAUGACCAUGAGUUGCUUACUUCAGAAAAUAUUAAAAGAGAAAACUGUGGUUUAACUAAUAUAGAUUUAAUGAAACACGCAAAAUACCCAAGAAAAAUACAUGUUUCCGGUAGAAAAUCAAAUUGGGAAGAAAGAGGACCACCGAUAACUAUUAGAAACAAUGAUGAAGAGAUCCUUAAAAGUAAAGUUGCUAGUAAAGUAACUAAUAAAAGUAAAGUUAAGCUACAAUUUGAUUGUAAAGCUUUACCAUUUGUUGUUAAAAAGAAGAAUAUUUCAAAUAGACAAAACUAUGCCAACUUAACGGAAUCAGAAAUGAUAUUGUAUUGUAGUGACGCAAAUAAUAACAAUUAGUAUUGU